UCAGCGGUGGGGAAACUCCAUGGAUGGGAAAAAUGGCGCCUGUCACGGAGGAUCUAAUCGACGUACAGAAGAAGAUUUUUGAGAAAAUCGCGAAAAAUGAAGUGUCGGAACUCAAAACGAUAUUGGCAGCAAACAAAAUCAAAAUGGAUUUCGUGGACAAUAACAGUAUGAGCCCGCUUCAACAUGCCUGUUACAAGGGAAACAAAGAAAUAGUACAGAUGCUUCUCGAUCAGGGAGCAGAUGUGAAUGCAUGCCAACAUAAACACGCAUAUACAGCUCUCCAUCUUGCAGCUUUAAGUGGGAAUGCUGAGCUGUGUCACCUUCUAAUGUCUUAUGGUGCACGAUUAACAGCAACAAAUAGUGUAGGCCGAACUCCAGCUCAGAUGGCUGCAUUUGUAGGCAAUCAUAAUUGUGUAGCAACUAUCAAUAAUUUCAUUCCAAAAGCAGACAUAGAUUAUUAUGUGAAACCACAAGGAUUAAGGACUGAAUCGAUGCUUCCACCACACUUGGCAGAUUCAUUCCACAAAUUUAUAAUGCAAGUCAAUGUACAUCCUGUACGUGUAGUUAUGAAUUUACAAAGAUGCCCUGGUCUUUUAGAAAAUGCUGUCAAGGUACAAAUCGUGCUAGAAUGUAUGCGUCAUAAAGAAAUGAGAAGAGGCGCGGAAACAAAUGAGGUAAUGGCAUUCAAAUAUCAUUACCUAAGUUGUGUCGUGGCUGAAGUAAUCAAAUUUCAAAAAAGACAAGAAGCGAUGAAGGCAGAAAAAAAUGAGAAAACAAACGAGGAAGGAGAAGAAAAGAAAUCAGAUACUAUCGAGGUUCUGAUAAGAAAAUUUUUAAAAUGUAGUAAAAGCGAUGGUACUCCAGAAUAUCAGGAAGUUUUCUUAAGGGAAUGCGUGAGAGAGUUUCCAUACAGGGAAAGCCCAAUUUUUCGACAAAUGGUAGCGACACUUGCAGCCAGUGAUCCACCAUCCGCUGUAUCGGUAGUAUCGGCUGCUAUUAAUGGACAGCGAGCCUUCUCCGAUAGUGCACAAGUUUGCGUAACAUGCGGGGAAGAUAAAGCUAAUAAGAAAUGCAGUAAAUGUAAAACAGUACAAUACUGUGACAGAGAAUGUCAGAGACUGCAUUGGUUUAUGCACAAAAAAGCGUGUACCAGAUUAGGCCAGAUCUCGAUGCCAAGCGCAAAAAUAAGCGAUGUGGAUAAAGAACAAAUAAGCAGUGCCGUGAGCUCCAGACUACAACAAAAUUUGACCGUUAAUUAAGUAUGAAAAACGCGAAACUCUAUUCCAAACAAUCAAUUUCGGUGUGCUGUACGUAUGUGUUUAAUUGUUAAUUAUUUUUAUCACGUUAGAAGACUAAGAAGAAAUUUGUUCUACUAUAUUUUCAGGAAACAUCUCGGACGUUUUAGUUUGUAAUUAUACAGAGAGUAACGGACUUUUUAUGUAUUACUGUAUAUUUUUACCUUUUUUUUUUGUCUGAAAAAUUCAUCACCAUUAUUAAUAAUGUACUACAUUAUUAUGUAUUAUAAAUAGUUUCGUUAUACGUCAAUACUCGGUUACAAUGUAAUUUCCUCAGGAUUGUACUCUUGUGAUUGUCAUCGCCAUAGAAAUAAAAAGACACUUAUGAA